AUGCCAAAAUACGUCCACGAUAUACAGAAGAAGCAACAUAAGGAAAGAGCCCAGCCGCAAGAGCGGAAAAGGCUUGGGCUUCUUCAAAAGAAGAAGGAUUACAAGCUUCGAGCAAAAGAUUAUCACGACAAGCAAGAACGUCUUCGUAUUCUUAGAGAAAAGGCUGCCAAUAGAAACCCCGAUGAAUACUAUCAUUCCAUGACCAGUCGUAAGACUGAUUCCCGAGGGGUGUUGGUCACCGAUCGUGAAUCAAGUGAAUCGAUCAGCGUCGACGAGGCCAAGCUUUUAAAGACCCAGGAUGUCAACUAUAUCAAGACCAAGAGACUUAAUGAAAUGAAACAAAUUGAGAAAUUGAUGGAUGGCACCAGUAAUAACUCUAAUGCCAUCACCUUUGGGUCCGAGGGGAAGCAUACAGUAUUUCUCGAUGAUCGCGAAGAGUUUGAAGAGUUUGACGUUGCCAAGCAUUUCAAUACCGACAAGCGAUUGGUUGACCGUAAAGAAAACAGAUUGACUCUCGAGCAAUUGGAAACUCUUGAUCGACCUGAACAAGCCCCGGAAAUCGCCAAGAAAAUGAACAACAAGAAAUUGAAGAAGUUGAAACUCAUUAAACAGAAGCUCGAAAGGGUCCAACAGUUGGAGCGUAUUGAGCAGAAAAUGGACGCCCAAAGAGAACUUAUGAAGAAAGGUAGUAAAAAGAAGGUCGUCAAUAAAGACGGGAAAGUGUCGUUUAAAUGGAAGCAGCAACGUAAACGUUGA